AUGGAGAAGGUCUACAGAGAAAAUGAGGGAAAGCCAGAAAAUGAAAGCAACCUAGACAAGGUGGGAAAGUCAGAAGAUGUGGUGGAUACAGAAGAUGAAGGAAAUUCAGAUGAGGAAGAAAAGCCAGAACAUGAGCAAAAGCUCCAGAACGAGGGACAACCAGAAGAUGAGGGAAAACCAGAAGACGAGGGGAAGCAAGAGAAGCAGGGCAAGUCUGAAGAUGAGGGAAAACCACCUGGUGAGGGCACGAUGGAGUUCCAGGCAAAGCCAGAGAGUGAGCCACGGGCUGCCGAAAAGCGCCCUGCUGAAGAUCAUGUACCCCGGAAAGCCAAAAGGAAAACAGACAGGGGGACGGAGGAUUCCCCCAAGGACAAUGAGGAGGACUUACAGGAAAGGCAUUUGGGUGGUGAGCAGGUGAUGAGAGAGGUGGAAGAGCUAAGGAAAAGACAGAAAAUGGGUGGUUUUCAUAGGAUGCAAAGAGGUAUACAGGAUCCAUUCACCCAAGGGGGCAACGGGGUGUCAGGGGAAUGA